CUGCCGAAGGGCCCGCCCACAGAAGGGGAACUGGAGGAGGUGGCGGCUUCCGCGGCCGUCGCGGCCGGACGCUGCUCAGGGCGGAGGACUGGCCACACACGAAGCUUACCUUUGACUUCUCCCCGUCUGCCUCUGGCCUUGACUUGUGACCGUAGGCUCUUUUGGGCUUCUCUGACCCAGCUAGCCAGACCCCAGACCCCAACCAUGUUCCCGGUGAAGGUGAAAGUGGAGAAAUCAGAGUUGGAGAUGGCAAAGGCCCGGAACCAACUGGAUGCUGUUCUGCAGUGUCUGCUGGAGAAGAGUCACAUGGACAGGGAGCGUCUGGAUGAGGAAGCUGGGAAGACCCCCUCAGACACCCACAACAAGGAUUGCUCCAUCACGGCCAGCGGCAAACGGCCAUCUGCCCGAUUCCCCCAUCAGCGGAGGAAGAAGAGGAGGGAGAUGGAUGAGGGGCUGGCCGAGGGAGGGCCACAGCGAUCCAACUCAUACGUGAUCAAGCUGUUUGACCGGAGCGUGGACUUGGCUCAGUUCAGUGAGAACACACCGCUGUACCCGAUCUGCCGAGCCUGGAUGCGCAACAGCCCCACAGUGCGCGAGCGUGAACGCUCACCCAGUUCACCGCUGCCCCCACUGCCUGAGGAUGAGGAGGGUUCAGAGGUCACCAACAGCAAGAGUCGUGAUGUGUAUAAGCUGCCUCCACCCACAGCUCCCGGACCACCCGGAGAUGCCUGUAGAUCCCGAAUUCCAACCCCACUGCAGCCUGAGACCCAGGGUACCCCUGAUGAUGAGCCCUCUGAGCCUGAGCCCUCACCCUCCACACUCAUCUACCGAAACAUGCAGCGCUGGAAACGCAUCCGCCAGAGGUGGAAGGAGGCAUCCCAUCGGAACCAGCUUCGUUACUCAGAAAGCAUGAAGAUCCUACGGGAGAUGUACGAGCGACAGUGACGUUCCCCUGUCCGCACCCCCACCCCAAUAAACAUUCCUCUCCUCCACA